AUGGGAGUGACCCAUUCUCCUGUGGAUCUCUCUAAGCCGAUACCAAGAUGCACUUCUAUGAAGCUGAUGGAUCAACAAGUCUUGGUGACAUUUCAAUAUGAAAGGUUAGUCAACUUAUGCUUUUAUUGGGGGAAACUAGGACAUCUUGAUCGCUCUUGUGUCAAGAGACUAGCUGAUAUUGAUCAAGGAUGCUUAAAAGAAGGACAGUACGGCGAUUGGCUCAGAGCUAUUGAGAGUGGUGGCAUCCUUCGUAAUUCUCAAAGAGCUAGUUUCAACAGUACUCCUCCUAGAUCAGAUAACAAUGAUCCAAUGCGAGGCACAAAUGGUAAUCAGGGGUCAUCUAGCAAGGAUAACUUCACUAGCAUGAUUGGAAAGCAGGUUUCUCCAAUGAAGAACUCACCAGUCAAUGUGCCGGGAGAUCUCAAUCCUUAUCACCCUAUUGAAAAAGGAAUGACUAGUCAUGGUAUUCACAGUGAUAGCUUGUCUAAGCAAUUAAUCCCAGCAGAGGAAGCUCAAGCAAAGGACAGUGACAGUUUACAAAUCAUUUGUUCUGAGAUACAUGUUACAACUGACCUUGCCAUGGCUGAAAUUAUGCCAGAAGAGCUACUAGUGACUCAAGCUCCAGAAUCUGUGCCUAAAGCCACAUCAACCAAGUUAAGAGGAUGGAAGAGAGUCAAAGAUCAAGAAGGCAGACUCACAAAAUUUCAGCCUGAGUUAAUUGAAGAAAGCACUAAAGGACAUCUGAAGAGGGGUAGACUCCUUAUCCAGUCAAACACAGAAGGUCAAGAAAUUGAAAACCAACUGACAAGAAACAGGAAAAAGUCCAAGAUAGUCGUGAAUAAGGUGGAGGAAGCCAGCCUCAAAUGGCCCCAAGUGGAUCAAUGA